GUUCACUAAAAAAAAAACAGAAAAGAGUUGUCGUUACUGACAAAUAAAAACAAAAUGGCAGCCUCCAUGAAGAAUUUUCGACUGAUUUUCAAAAUUUUACAAAGGACAAAUAUACAGCCCCAUAACACAGUUCAUACUUCGGCUCCAUGUCAAGUUAGUAUAAAAUACUUGUACACUGCAGAGCAGUUGCCACCAAAGGAUACUUUGACACAAUUUGAAGAAUCAACUGAGGAGUUUAAAUUUGUAGAAAAAAUUUUGCCAAGAAGAAUUAUUCCUGAAUUACCUGUACAUGCUUCAUAUCCAACACCAUCAGGCUGGGUACCUCCUUACAGAGAGAAAACAAAAGAUCUUCCAUAUUCAGUAGAAAGAAACAAGAAUCACAAUUUGCCAGUUUAUGUAAAACAGACAACACUGCGUGGAACAAAAAUUACAACAGUAAUCAAUAGAGUUCAUGGUGAUAUAUGGCAAUUUGAAAAGGAUUUGAAGAGUCACAUAGAAGAAACAGUCGGAAUGAGAUUUGCAUUAUUAACAGAAGUAUCUGAAGUGACAAGGAGAGUAACAUUAAAGGGAAAUCAUGUUGAAACAGUCGGAAGAUGGCUGAUAGACAAAGGAUUUUAAAUAUUUCAAUCUUAUACUCAUUUAUUAAAGUUGUUUUUUAUGAAUUUCAUGUC